AUGGCGGCAGCGGUCGCAGAUCUGACGGUGACGGCGGAGAAUGUGGGCGCGUCGGGCGAGUCGAAGGUGCUUCAGGCCAUUCGGUAUUCCCGAGGGAAGCUCGAGCUGCUGGACCAGCGGAAGCUUCCUCACGAGUCGAUCUACCUCGACAUCCCAACCACCGAAGCUGCCUGGCACGCCAUCAAGGACAUGGUGGUGAGGGGAGCGCCGGCGAUCGCCAUCGCAGCAGCGCUGGCGCUGGCAGUGGAGGUGCACCAGCACAGCGUGUUCGAAUCCGCGGACGCCGCCGUGAAGCACAUCACGGACCGCCUCGACUAUCUCGUGUCCAGUCGCCCCACGGCAGUGAACCUAUCAGACGCAGCAGAGAAGCUAAAGAAGGUGGCGGAGGAUGCAGCCAAGGAGGAACCCACGCCCGAGGCGGUAGUGCUGGCGACGGUGCUGGCAGCUGAGGCGAUGCUGAGUGAUGACGUGGCGGCCAACAAGCGCAUCGGGGCAUUUGGCGCACAGGCCAUGGUGGAGGCGCUGAGGCAGAAGGGCGUUGAGGGGAAGAACCUGAGGGUACUCACCCACUGCAACACCGGCAGCCUGGCCACAGCCGCCUAUGGUACCGCUCUGGGUGUCAUCCGCUCUCUGCACGCGCAAGGCCUGCUGGAGACAGCCGUGUGCACAGAGACGCGCCCGUACAACCAGGGCUCGCGGCUGACAGCAUUUGAGCUGACUCACGACGGCAUCCCCGCGCUGCUCAUUGCUGACUCCGCCGCUGCCUCGCUCAAGGCUGCUGGCCGCAUUGAUGCUGUUGUCGUGGGCGCCGAUCGCAUCGCUGCCAAUGGUGACACUGCCAACAAGAUCGGCACGUACUCACUGGCGCUCUCAGCCUUCCACCACAAGAUGCCCUUCUUCGUGGCAGCGCCGCUGACGUCCAUCGAUGCGGCGAUCAAGACAGGCGAGGAGAUCGUGGUGGAGGAGAGGCACGCCGCUGAGCUCACCCACUCGCUGGGAGGCGCUGGGCCUCAGACAGGGGAGGAGGAGAUGGUGGAGGAGAGGCACGCUGCUGAGCUCACUCACUCGCUGGGAGGGGCAGGGCCUCAGCUGAAUCUACUCACUGUUGGUUUGUCUGCGCUCUUUCCAUGUGCUGCUGUGCCAUGUGCUGCUGUGCCAUGUGCUGCUGUGCUAUGUGGUGAUGUGCCAUGUGGUGAUGUGCCAUGUGGUGAUGUGCCAUGUGGUGAUGUGCCAUGUGGUGAUGUGCCAUGUGGUGAUGUGCCAUGUGGUGAUGUGCCAUGUGGUGAUGUGCCAUGUGGUGCUGUGCCAUGUGGUGAUGUGCCAUGUGCUGCUGUGCCAUGUGGUGAUGUGCCAUGUGGUGAUGUGCCAUGUGCUGCUGUGCCAUGUGGUGAUGGCGUCAUCUGGAAGAAGGAGGGCGCAUCAGUCUUCGACAUCCGCGGCUUCCUCCACUCCCUCGGCGCCCCCGUCCCCUCCUCGCCCAUGUACCCACCGCCCGCCAACAACCCGCACCCCAAGGAGGACGACGCGCAGCCGCACGACCCCCACAAGGACCGCAUCCGCAAAGACGCACUGGAAGCCUCUCGCUUCACGCCCGUCAGCGAGCACACCGUGCCUGCCUUCCUCCAGGACCACCCGGACCUCGCCGCCAGGCUCGGCGGCGGCCCGGACCAGUGGUCCGUGCGGGAGGUGGGCGACGGAAACAUCAACUUCGUGUAUAUCGUAGAAGGGCCGGGAGGGGCCUUAGUGGUGAAGCAGGCUCUCCCAUACGUGCGAGUGGUGGGUGAAUCCUGGCCCAUGACUCUGGAUAGGAUUUACUAUGAGGCGCUCGCGCUGCGGCAGCAGUUUGCGUGGGUGCCUGAGCUGGUGCCCGAGGUGUAUUUCUUUAGUCACCCGAUGGCGCUGCUUGUGAUGCGGUAUGUGGCGCCGCCGGCGAUCGUGCUGAGGAAGGGGCUGGUGCAGGGGCGCGUGUACCCGCUGCUGGCGGAGCACAUGUCGUCGUUCCUCGCCAGCACGCUGUUCCUCUCCUCGCUCAUUGCCAUCAACACCGAGGUCUACCGCGACAAAGUGCGCGAGUUCUGUGGCAACGUGGAGAUGUGUCGGCUGACGGAGCAGGUGAUCUUCACGGAGCCCUACGUGCUGGCCACCAACAACCGCUGGACCACUCCCCAACUGGAUGACGACGCUGCUGCUCUGAGGGAGGACGUGGAGCUCAAGCUCUCCAUCACAGAGCUCAAGAGCAAGUUCUGUGAGCGAGCACAGGCGCUGCUGCAUGCGGAUCUGCACACAGGCUCAGUCAUGGUCACGGAGGAAUCAACGGUCGUGAUCGACCCGGAAUUUGCGUUCUACGGUCCGAUGGGCUUUGACAUCGGGGCCUUCCUGGCCAACCUGCUGCUGGCCUAUUUCAGUCAGGACGGCCAUGCCACGGCUGAUGACUCUCGUGCUGCCACCAAGAAGUGGAUCCUGCAGUGCUUCACGGAGACGUGGCAGAAGUUUGAGGCCAAGUUCCUGGCGCUGUGGAAUGACAAGGCGCUGGCCAAGGGAGACGCGUACCCGCAGGCGCUGUACCAUGACAACGCCGCGCUGCUCUCCGCCGCCCAGACCGCCUUCCUGCGCGAGGUCUUCCUUGACUCGCUGGGAUUCGCCGGUGCCAAGAUGGUCAGGCGCAUUGUUGGCAUUGCGCAUGUGGAGGAUCUGGAGUCCAUUGCAGACCCUGAUGUGAGGGCAGCUUGCGAGCGCAGGGCUCUCAAUUUCGGCAAGCACCUCAUCAAGGAAAGGCAGAAGUAUAAUAGCAUUGCGGAGGUGGCUGCAGCUGUGGAGGCAAUAGUAUAG